CAGCAGGCCGGGGCCAUUGCCGAGCCGGGGUCGGGGCAGCAGCGGGGACCCCCCCAGAGGCGGGGCCUGUGGGACCACGAUGGGCGUGGAGAUCGAGACCAUCUCCCCGGGAGACGGAAGGACGUUCCCCAAGAAGGGCCAGACGUGCGUGGUGCACUACACAGGAAUGCUCCAAAAUGGGAAGAAAUUUGAUUCAUCCAGAGACAGAAACAAGCCUUUCAAGUUCAGAAUUGGCAAACAGGAAGUCAUCAAGGGUUUUGAAGAGGGUGCAGCCCAGAUGAGCUUGGGGCAGAGGGCGAAGCUGACCUGCACCCCUGAUGUGGCAUAUGGAGCCACAGGCCACCCUGGUGUCAUCCCUCCCAAUGCCACCCUCAUCUUUGACGUGGAGCUGCUCAACUUAGAGUGAAGGCAGGAAGGAACUCGAGGUGGCUGGAGAUGGCUGCUGCUCACCCUCCUAGCCUGCUCUGCCACUGGGACGGCUCCUCCAUUUGGGGCUCUUGAUCAGUGUGCCAACCUCACUGCCCCAAGGCAUUAUCCAUUCUCUCUGCCCACGUUGCUCUUUAUGUGUUUGUCAUUGUUCAUGCACAUCUUUGCUUGAGCAAACUUCAGUUGCGGAUUGAAACAGGUUGUGCAUUUCAUGUGAUGCAUGUAGUAGCCAUUCUUGAUCAGAGAACGCUAAUUUCUUGUUUGCACAAUCUACACUGCCUUACCUUCACUUAAGCCAGACACACAAGGUGCUCAGACAUGAAAUGUACAUGGUGUACACAGAGGGACUUGAGCCAGUUACCUUUGUUGUCACUUGUAAGUUCUGUUUGCUGCUAACUUAAACAAAUGUCCUAUUUGGAAAUAGUAUGUCAAAUAAAGGCUACAUGCUUGACAAAUUCCUGUCCAUCCUUGUUAUAAACGGGAACUGCUUUCAGGAUCACACAAGCCAGUUGCCCUUGGGAAAAAAGGGUGGAAAGAAGUAUCCACGUCACUAGGAGAGUGAUCACGAACAUAAUAGCUACAGUGUGAGCAUUGCACAUGCUGGACCUUGUUCUAUGAACUUUUAAUAAAUCAUCGCCAAUUCUCAAAGCAACCCUACAAGAUAGGUAUUACCUCCACUCAUCUCACAGGCUCAGGAGUCUCCUCUGCAGAAUUUGAGGAGGAUGUUGUGUUCAAAUCCUGCAGCACUUUCAUGAACACAGUCUCUUCUUGUUUGGACUUGGAGCAAGAGGGAUAAACACCCCUCACCCAAUGGAAACAGCAUUUUGUGUAUCUGAAGAAACUGAAGCUGUUAUGGGCUUGAGCCAUACAUUCACACUCGGAAGUUACUUUGGAAAAGAAUGUGAUCCUGAGCCUAUUUCACAUAUACCAUUUAGUUUCUUCUAGAUUUGCUAACUUACAUUGAGAAGUUACUUCUGAGAGGAAUGUAUGAUUCUAAACCUGUUUCCAUAUAUGCUGCUUAUUUUCAUUUACAUUAACUCACUGGAAUCCCUAGUUAGGUUUUAAAACAAGUCCACUUAUUGGGGUGGGCUGUGUAUAGGGCAGUGUGAAUGAGACUUUUAACCUGUGUAGGGUGAGAAAAGCUCUUGACCAUAUUCAGCGUUACUGUCAGUGAUGACUUGGAAUUGUUUCGAGACUGAGGGGGGAGGGGGCUGAUAACAGUACUUAGUUUUCCUUCACUGACCCACUGACACAUCACACGAUGUCAUGUAUGUGAUAUGUGGCCAUGUCAUUUUGGCUAGUUCAUCUACCCCUUUCAUUUCUGAGAAGCCCUAGCCUACUGUGCUGAGGGAGUUGAGUAGUUAAUGAAGAGGUAGUGCUUUAGGAUGGAGAAAAUGAAGUUAGAUAUGAGCCCGAGACAGAAACGGCCACAUGAACCAGAGACUUACAUCAUCCUGAGACCAGAAGAACUAGCUGGUGCCCAGCCAUAACCAAUGACUGCCCUGACAGGGAGCACAACAGAGAACCCCUGAGGGAGCAGGAGAUCAGUGGGAUGCAGACCCCAAAUUCUCACAAAAAGCCCAUACUUAAUGGUCUGACUGAGGAAUCCUGGUGGUCAUGGUCCCCAAACCUUCUGUUGGCCCAGGACAGGAACCACUCCCCAAGACAACUCAUCAGACAUGGAAGGGACUGGACAGUGGGUAGGAGAGAGAUGCUGAUGAAGAGUGAGCUAUCUGUAUCAGGUGGACACUUGAGACUGUGUUGGCAUCUCCUGUCUGGAGGGGGGAUGGGAGCAUAGAGAGAGUUGGAAGCUGGCAAAAUUGUCAUGAAAGGAGACUGGAAGGGCUGACUCAUUAGGGGGAGAGCAAGUGGGAGUAUGGAGUAAGGUGUAUAUAAACUUAUAUGUGACAGUCUGACUUGAUUUGUAAACGUUCAUUUGAAGCUCAAAAGUUUAAAAAAAAAAAAAAGUUAGAAAGGGGCUGCUUUACUUUUAAUCACCCAGAGUCCCUCUGCUCACCCCUACCAUGGGACCUGACCAGCCAGGGGAGGGUGCUGUACUCAUUCCUCUUAGGAGUAUCUCAUCCAGGACAUCCUGGUUCCCAGCUUUCCUCAAUGACCUGGAUGCCUGUGAUAAUUUCUCAGAUUCACUGUGCGUAAAACAUGUACUUAUGUUUUCUGCUGUGACACCAACAGGGUAACUAAAAAUAGCACCAAGGACCACUUCAGGUGCCUGCUGCAGGGUCAUAUAAAAGAUCUCGGUUUAGAAUAUUUAUAACCUAGGUGGUAAAAGGAGA